AUGCCCUUAGGAUGGGGAAAAGGGGUGGGGUUAGAGGCCAAGGCGAGCACCCAGGAGGCAGGCCCAGAAGAGGACUGCCAGGAGGAGUCGGGUGCCGAGGAGGAGGCGGGGGUGGCAUGGCCUGUGCUUCGCUCGGUGAAUUCGCACGAGCUCACCCGGGUCAUCUUUUGCAACUGCAGCCCUCGGCUCCUGUGGCUCAACUGCUAUGGCAAGCCGCAGCCCUACUCUACGCUGCUGCCCAGCAGGGACUUUCUCAUCCACAGCUUCGAAGCACCUUGGCUCUUCAGGGAUUUAAGGACACACAAUAGGCUUCUGGUUAACCACCAAACUGAAUUGUUUGUGCCAUCUUCCAGUGUUGAUGGACAGCCUGCUUUUGCCAACCUCACACUGCCAGUGGAUACCCUGAAACAGCAAUGCCUCUAGGUUGUCCAAGGUCUUGUCAAGCCUGAGAAUUACAGGAGACUGGACAUCACCCACUCUAUGACGAUCUGGAAGACCACCCAA